AUGGCUGGCAAUGUUCGGCAGCCCAUUGAUGUAGCCUCCUUGGAGCGCUACAUCGAGGCUCAUGUUCCUGAAAUCAAGGUUCCCUUGGACGUAAAGCAGUUUGGCUAUGGACAAUCGAAUCCGACAUACCAGUUGACGGAUAAGACCGGAAAGAAGUACGUGCUGAGGAAGAAGCCUCCGGGCCAGCUGCUGUCAAAGACUGCACACAAAGUCGAUCGUGAAUACCGCAUCAUCCAUGCACUGGAGAACACAGAUGUCCCUGUUCCACGAGCACUAUGUCUCUGUCAAGACGAAAAGGUCAUCGGCACCGACUUCUACAUCAUGGAGUUUCUCGACGGCCGCAUCUUCGAAGACCCCGUCCUUCCUGACGUAACCCCAGAGGACCGAACAAAAAUGUGGCACUCCGCAAUCACCACCCUCGCAAAAUUCCACCGCGUAUCCCCCUCCUCCGUAAACCUCGCCUCCUACGGCAAACACUCGGGCUUCUAUACCCGCCAAAUCGCAACCUUCAACACAAUCUCGCAAUCCCAAGCCUCAGCCAAAGACAAAGAAACCGGCGAACCCGUCGGCAAAAUCCCGCAUCAAGACGACAUGGUCACCUUCUUCAGCGACCACCGCACCCAACCAAAGGACCGCGCAACCUUCGUCCACGGCGACUACAAAAUCGAUAACGUCAUCUUCCACAAAACCGAACCCCGCGUCAUCGGCAUCCUAGACUGGGAAAUGAGUACAAUCGGCCACCCGCUGUCUGACCUCAACAACGUCAUGUCCCCGUACAUCACGGCGUCCAGCCAGACGGCAAUGUCGAUCGGGCGUGCGCACCAGGGCUUUCAACCAGGUGCUACACCCGGCUUGCCCACCCGCGAGCAGCUUAUCACGUGGUACUCCGAGGUAGCGGGGUGGGAUCCGCGCCCGGAUUUCACCUGGGGGAAUGCGUUUAGUACGUAUCGGCUUGCGAUUAUCAUGCAAGGUAUUGCAGCGAGGUAUGCGUUGAGGCAGGCGAGUAGUGCGCAGGCGCAGGAGUAUGGGCAGAUGAUGAGGCCGUAUGCUGAGAUUGCGUGGGAGUUGGUGCAGCAGGUUAAGAGGGAGAAUGAAAAGGCUAAGUUGUAG